CACUUCGUUCCCUACGGGUUUAUAGUGGAUGUAGUGCACUAUGAGUGUAAUAGGGAGGCGUUUGGGAUCGAGUCAGAGUGAGUUGGAUUGUGAAAGAAGGAGAAAUGUGUCAGUGAGGGGAUUUUGGCCUCAGGCAGCUGCUGGAGAUAAUAAAAGUUAAAAUAGUCCAUUUUUAGUUUUAUAAACAUCACACUGAGCAAAUGUGUAGGAAGUUAAAGUGAGACGGAGCUAACUGCUAAUAGUUUGGUGACCGAGGUGAGGCACUCAGCAUGGCAGAACAUCACAGAGCAGUUUUAAGCGACUCGGUGUGACGAUGAGAAGGAACGAUGCGAGGAUAGAGAUGGACCUGGCUUUUGGAUCAGCGAAGCCUUAUGGGUCGUCUCGCAGUAUCGUUAGAUGGAUCGGCUCGACCCUCCCUCUGGCGCCAUGCCCUCGGGUCCACUUUCAGCUCCAGACAUUCGCUAUCGGAGCUGGAGCAGGAGCUGGAGCAGGAGGCGCGGGCGGUCCAGGAGGACAUGGCGGGCUCGUAGCAUCGCUAGCUGACGUAGGGUGGAUCGAGCAAGAGGAGAGCGCUGAUGUCUCUGACAGACGGCGGUUGGAGGCAAACUCUGGGCUGGCGUUUCGCACUCAGCAGUGCCCACCGCUCAGACGCCAGCACUCUUUACCCAGCAUGCACCAGGCCGUGCCCGCUCCUCAGAGCCAGACACUCGUCAACGAGCAGGCCAUUCAGAAGAUCAGCGCUUUGGAGAACGAGCUGGCUAAGCUGCGAGCCCAGAUCGCUCAGAUCGUACAGGCUCAGGAGCGGAACGCACAGUCUGCAGCUCCUGCUCCAGGUGGUCCUUCUCCUCCACCCUCAGCACCUCCUCUUGCGCCUCCUCCUCCACCACCACCACCUCCUCCACCUCCACCUCCAGGCCCAGGCAUGCAGAGGAGCGUUUCUGCUAUUGACCUCAUCAAAGAGCGGCGCAGUAAAAAGUCUGAGCAGCACACGGUGUUGGAGUCAGGGCCUAAACAGCCCGAGAUGCCUAACAUGUUAGACGUGUUGAAAGACAUGGGCAAAGUGAAGUUACGCUCCGUUAAAAAUCGUCUUGAGGAAGAUCACACCAAGACUAAAGCCAGUGAACCCGCAGACCCCGCUGCUCUUAUCGCUGAGGCUCUGAAGCGCAAGUUCGCCCAUCGCUACCGCAACGACAGCGAGUGUGAGAGCAACUUCAGUCUCCCUGCUCGAGAAUCCAAACCGCGCUCAGAGACGCCUGCGUUCGGACAGCACAUGUUGAAAUCAACAGGAAUGAGAAAACACGUGUGACGGCGGAUCUGUGAGCUGCAAAUCACGCGUGUACACACAGGAACAGACACUAAGCGCUCAGUCUGGUUUUCUGCACCAGCAGCAUUGCAGAUCACCGUAAUCACAGAGUGUUGCACAAUGCAACAGGAACCUGCUCGUUUUUAUGCCUCGUUUAUGCAAAGGACCAAAAAGCACGUUCACGUCCACGUCAUGUCAGAAUUACAGGAAUGUAAAGAUGACAACUCUUCUCAAAUAUGCACAAUAUCGAAAACAAUACAUAUUUUUUGAAAUAUUUUCAGUUUUCACUAAUUAGUAAAAAAAAAAAAAAAAACACUAAAAAGCUGAAUUCUACAGCUGCUUAACUCAUAACUUUAACUUUGGAUGACGGCACUGUUUUUAUUCUCGUCGUGUUUGUCGAAACAUUUAACACAUCAUCUUAUUUUCCGACUCUGACGUGACGUAAGCGAUGGACUGAAAGCAUUGGAAUCGAUUUCAUCGUCUUGUUUUAUUAUUCUUCCUUUCUUAAAAUUUGAUUAAGAGCUAGCAAAAAGUGUGUGGAUUGUGCUGAUAUAUAAAAACACACACCUUCCUAUUAAACCUGUUUCCUCUCGGUUCAGUGUUACGCAACAAAAACAUGAUCAUAUACGUGACAUGAGCACUUUCUAUAAAUUCUUCUAAGUUUGUUAGUGUUAAUUUAUAAAGUCGGGGAGUUUAUUUAUGUGUGGUUUUAAAUAUUAAUAAUUUAGUCUUGUUAGUAGGAUGUAAUUUGAAUUAUGCAGUAGCUGCUGGUUAUAAAUACACACUACAAGUCAUGAUAAUUCUUUUAAUAACGUUUAUUUUUCCUCAUCAUUGUUUCUAAAUGCUACUCAGCUUGUUAGGAGGGUUGUGUGAGCUUUUCGGUAUGUGAUGUUUAGUUUUAUUACUUAUUAGAAUUAAAAGACCGUUAAAUAAGCCAUCACAGCUCCACUGAACAAACAUGAGGACAAAAGUUGUUAUAUACUGUAAGCAAUGAGCUGAUACAAUUUCAGAUCAGUUUUCAGUAAUAUGACCAUAUUGAAUUUUUCCAAAAUGACUACUGAAAUAAUUCCUCGGUUAAAGUGUCUGUUAUGGCCAUUUGGAGAACAGAAUUAUGGGAUAUAUAUAUAUAUAUAUAUAUAUAUAUAUAUAUAUAUAUGUCCUGGAUUACUGUUUUGUUGACGAUUUGACACGGACUAGGUCCCAGGACAACAAAUCCAUAAGCUCAAACCUGCUCAGAGCAGCUUAUUCAGCUUAAACAAGACUAGAUCACGUAUUUAAAAUGCUUUAUGAAUAUGAAAAUUGUGCCCAUGUUUUAUAACUAACUAUAUCACAUGAUCAACUAAAUCAGCGUAAUGUAUUUGUUAUAGCGAGACUCUAAAUUAUUUAAAAAUUUGUCCUCGUGUCUAAAGAAAAACAGUGUCCGUGAUUUGAAUAAGCUCAGAUCUGGAGUUCAUGAGUCUGUUGCUUAAGUUCAGGAACAAUCCCAUGUUAGGAGUGUUACGAUAUAGCAAUAAAUUUCCACAGUACACUUUUUUGGACCAGCAUUAUUACUCAAUAACACAUGGUUAAUUAGAUAUAUACAUUUUCACACUGGUUCCCUUUUAUUUCAAUAUUAGGUUUGCCGUUUUGCAUAUUUUGCAUCGUAAAAAUAAUUUCAUCUUUGUUUUUGUGAUAUGGUCCAUCCAUAUUCCACUGUUUAUAACACUAUAAUACAGUUAACUCUAACUGAAGCACUUUGAUGAAGUAAAAUGUCGAGUGUAAGAUACACUCGGCGCCCGAACAUCCUCAAACAUGCAGGAGUAUUAAAGGGAAUCAGGAUGAAAUAUCUGUUAUUUAAAACAGUUCCAUUGUUGUGAUAUCUUUAUAAAAGAAACUGGAAUAAAGAGUUUCAUCAAUAAAAUGUUUAAAUUCUCA